AUGCCACUUGACGAAGAGAGCUCUUAUUUGACGACAUUUAAUAUGCCAUUUGGUUGCUAUCGCUUUACUGUGAUACCAUUUGGUGUCGUGUUUGCACAAGAGGUGUUUCAUAAAACUGUCAACGAGAAAUUUCAUGAUUUACCCAGAUGCGAGACGGACAUCGAUGAUAUUUUGAUUUGGGGACGAACACUGGAGGAACAUCAUCAAAACCUUGAACGUGUUCUCAAUCAAGUGGCAGAUAUCAAUAUGACACUUAGCAAAGACAAAUGUCAGUUUUGACAAACCAAGAUAACCUAUCUGGGAGAAACGCUUACGGCAAAUGGUGUCAAGCCUGACGAGACCAAAGUUGAAGCAAUCAAGAAUUACCCAAACCUACAAACAAACAUGACGUCCAACGACUGUUAGGCAUGGUCAAUUUUAUCGCCAAGUUUGCACCGAACAUUUCAGACGUCACCGCACCUCUGAGAGAACUCAUCAAGAAGAACGUUGCAUUCCACUGGCUCGAAACACACGAGAAAGCGUUCCGAGAUCUACAGCAUUUACUAACUGACCCUGCUACUCUGCGUUACUACGAUGUAGCAAAACCAGUGACACUCCAAGUCGACACUUCACAAAAGGUCUUGGAGCUGCUCUAA